CCUUUGUUUCCGGUCUUGGCGUUGCCAUGGCGGCGGCUGCUGGCAGCCCCGGUGCGGCCUACGAGUGUAAUAUUUGCUUGGAAACGGCUCGAGAGCCGGUGGUCAGUGUGUGCGGUCACCUUUACUGCUGGCCAUGUUUACAUCAGUGGUUAGAGACUCGACCUGAGCGUCAGGAGUGCCCUGUUUGUAAAGCUGGGAUCAGCCGGGACAAAGUCAUUCCUAUAUAUGGCAGAGGAGAAAGCAAUCCGCAAGACCCCAGGUUAAAAACUCCCCCAAGACCACAGGGACAAAGAACGGAGCCGGAGCCAGAGCACAGAACAGGAGGAGGGGGGAUUCCUGGGUUCACAGAUACCGGUUUCCACAUGUCGUUUGGCAUUGGCGCCUUUCCCUUCGGUCUCUUCACCACAGUCUUUAACACCAAUGAUUUUCACACCGCACCCCGUGCAGACACUGGGCUACCACUGGGUAGACAACUGGGAUUGCCGAACUCCCUCUUUCUUCUUAUUGCGGCCUUUUUCUUCCUGUGGCUACUCAGCGUGUGAGGACCAACGCACUCCUCUAACUCCUGCCUGUGAUACAGGUGGCAGCAGUCCGCUCCAGACACUCCACCCUCAUCUCCCGCAGCUGGCACUCCUGGGACAAUCUCCUGCCUAAACGUCUAGAUGAUUCACAUAUAUUUAUAUAUGUAUAAAUAUCUCACUACAUAAGAAUAAUUACAUGAAAUCCUUCUUGCUGCACAACUUAAUUUUAGCUGCUUUCGAGGUACUGUUUUGUUUAUAGUCAAACUUAUUUUAUCCCUUAAAAAUAACGCUUUUUUUUAAUUACAAAUUCUAUAUCUGGUGAAUCAAUUAUGCUGUGGAUUGUUUGGGGGCAUUUAAAAUGCCUACCAUAUUGUUGAAUGUGUUAUUUGUAUCUUAAUAUUUUUUUUUAAUGGUAUAUCAUUCGGUGUUACUCUAUAUAAACACAGCCAUCUAAGAUUACUUUGAUGUGUUUAUGAACAACCUAUAAAGACCUUAAAAAAUAGAUUUAGGGUUUUGUGGCAAAAGCAGGGAGAUUAUAUUAUAUAUUAUUUUAAAUUUGUUUUUUUAUGAUCUCAAAAUUAAAUUCACUGGGUGUUUUUAAAACAGACUCUCUGAUGCUUGGUCCAACCAGAAUCGUACUGCAGAACAUUCUAUGAUUAAACCGUCACAAAAGAUUCUAUCCAGUAUGUUUCUUAUUGACGUCUAGGUCUCUGUUGUGAGAUGUUAUCCUCCUUCCUGGGGGGCACUAAAGAACCUAGUGACAAUUGAGUAUAUGGAUAUGCUGGCUAGAUCAUUGCUUUCUGUCCCACGAAAUUGGGCACUGGUAACUUUCGCUUCUACAAAAUUCCAAUUGUCAAUAAAUGAUUUAACCUUU